AUGGGGCGCCCGCUGAAUCUAUCCGCUCUACGUCUGAUUGAGCCAUCUCCAGAAACUCUUGAUACCAGCCAGUAUGAAACUUUACGUCCAGGUGUCAUGCUAAGCUCAGGAAAGCACCCUACCGAGGGAUGGGAACUCGUUACUUCUUCUGGCGUACUAAUCCAGGACAGAAAUGGGCAUCGUUACCUUGCCGCCGCAUCCCAUGGGUUUCCUUGCGGAGACAGAGUUUUUCAUCCAAACUCCAAGGGAAAAGAGAUUGGGCGCGUGAUCAUGGAAAUUGCACAUACAGAUGUCGCUCUAAUAGAGCUAGACGACAAAUCCUCCUUCAGAAAUGAGCUAUUUCAAAACACGAUAGCUCCAGGCCCACCCGUCCAACUGCAACGUUUCGCUACCCUGCAAGAAAAUAGAGUAUCGCAAGGGCGGUUUAUCUACAUGGACAGUCCGUUCACUGGCUAUAUAGAGGGCACACAAAGUGUUCUGGCCACUAGUCGUAUACUAGAAGAUGACCCUCAUGAGUCUAAACAAGUUUGGGUUGCUACACGGUGGGAUUAUAUGGGCCAAGGGUCAAGCAACGCGCUCGUAGAUGGCGUUUGUGGAUCUGCUAUAUGGAACGAUGAAGGAAAUGUUAUCGGGUUUUUUCGUUAUGCUCCAAAGUCGGGGCAUUUUCUUGAUUGGUAUGUUGCCGACUUUUGGAAUAUCGAGAAGAAACUGAAGAUUAGCCACCAUCCGCCAUUAUAUAAGAACCGUUUCAAGUUCUCUCCACACAAGAAUGUGGCCGAAGAAUCGAGCAUCAAGGAGGUCACUUACUACUUACUCACUCAGAGCAACACCAAAAGGCAGAAUCAUUCCUGCUUAAUCCUUCAACCAGCGAGUUCUCGGACAGUCGGUGACUUCGUGUUCUCGGUAUACAGGGAUAGAGAGAUCGGCCUGGUGGGCGACUAG